UUAGAAUGUGGAAAGAGCUUCAUCGGAAGACACAACUGACUGCCCGUCAAACAAUUCACACUGGGGAGAAAGCAUAUAAGUGCUUAGAAUGUGGAAAGAGCUUUGGUUGGAAAAACAUACUCAUUCUACAUCAAAGAAUUCACACCGGGGAGAAACCAUAUGCAUGCGUAGAAUGUGGAAAGAGCUUCUGUCAGAAGAUACAUCUGACUGCCCAUCAAAGAAUUCAUACUGGGGAGAAACCAUAUAAGUGCUUAGAAUGUGGAAAGAGCUUCAACUGGAAAAACAUACACGCAUCCCAUCAAAGAAUUCACACCGGGGAGAGACCAUAUGAGUGUUUAGCGUGUGGAAAGAGCUUCCGUCAGAAGAUGCAUCUGACUUCCCAUCAAAGUAUUCACUCUGGGGAGAAAGCAUAUAAGUGCUUAGAAUGUGGAAAGAGCUUCGGCUGGAAAAACGUACUCACUUCCCAUCAAAGAAUUCACACCGGGGAGAAACCAUAUGAGUGUUUACAAUGUGGAAAGAGCUUCCGUCAGAAGGCACAUAUGACUUCCCAUCAAACAGUUCACUCUCGGGAGAAGCCAUAUAAAUGGCUGGAAUGUGGAAAGGGCUUCACUAGAAAUUCCUCUCUUACUUUGCAUCAAAGUAUUCACACUGGGGAGAAACCAUAGAACUGCUUGGAAUGUGGAAAGAGCUUCUAGUCCCUUUUGUCAUGAAAGAUUUCAGGAAUGGGGAAACCAUAAUAAGUGUAGAACGGGGUUGCCGACCUGUUGCCUGUGACCUUCAGUCGCAUCCCCCAAUGCCCCUGCACUCUGGGAUGUUUGAGAAGCCAUCCUGGCCUUCCUCUGUGUGAUCUUUUCAGGUGACACUGCCCUCAACCAGAACCCAUCUGCCCUUUCUUUGUAGAGUGAAUUCGGAUUUUCCCAAUCUUGGGAAAAUCCUAAAAUAAAAAUACAGAUGCAAUCCACUGCUCCCUGGUUGGUGCUGCUGGUUGCAUUCUCUUUAGCUGAGGUGGAACCAGAAAGAGCUGUGAACUAUUAAUAUGAAGGGGCCUGAGUUUGUCAUGUCCAUUAAUUUCACUGCAUCUACUCUGAGGUGAAAGUUGGGUGCAACCAACGUAUUAGUUUUACGACUUUUUUGUGCAAAUCUGAUAAAUUGGAAAAACUUGUGUUUUUUAACAAAAUAAAUUCAUGCCCACAAUGGACCUCAGAUUUCUAGAGCUUACGGUGGUCAGGGAAGAAAUACUAAUGAAGGGGAGAGAACAACACUCAGGGUUGAAUACAUCCCAUCAAGCACAACCCACUAAUGUGGAGGGGAAAUGUAUUUUGGACACCUAAGCGCCUGGGCCUUCAACAGGUAGGACAAAAGGGUCUGUUUCUAAAAGGACCAGCAGGUAGCCAAGACAGCUUUCAUUGUUUCAAAGAAGUUAGUUUGUAUGUGGUCUAGAAAAAAGAUAGCCUUGUGCUGAACGCCCCUGUCAUUUCAGGUUUUUAAGUAGCUAAGGAGUAAAGUCACUCCAGCGAGAGAGAGGAGACCAGGCUGCGUCUUGGGAGGGGCCCACACUGCUGAACAGCUGCUGCCACUGCCCCACUCACAGCAAGCAAGCUGACCCUGUAAGGAUGAGCAGAGGAAGAAGGCCUCUCAAACCCACCCACAACAGUGGAGUAGUUGUCAUGGGCUGCGCAGAGUCAUCGUCCCUUUCUUUUUGGGGAUGUGCAUCCUACCCGGGUCCCUCUGUUUCCGCAGCCGACUGCAUGACUUUCAAAAGGCCUCUUUCCCCCUCACUGUUGCCACCUGCACAGAACUGCUUGCGAGUGCCUGUAGCACCAACAGCGGCUGCUCCCCGAGAGAGCAAAGCCUUCCGCCUCCCAGUGCAGCAGCAGCACCUCUGCACACCGGCGUUAUUUCCCCCGCCUCAGCCAGCUUUCCUGUACUGAGCAGGAGGGACGCUGGUAGAGGUUGAAUUGCAUGCAGGGUGGAGGAGGAGGAGGAUAUAUAUACACACACACCUGGAGUGAUUUCUCCUCCUUUGUAAACUCCAGCCAGCAUGUUGGUGGGGAAAGGCAUGACUCGCAGCACAACAACAAUAAUAAUAUUAAUAAUAAUAUUAAUAAGAAAUGCUGUACAGGUUGAAGACCAGCCGUGAGGGCUUUGCUAGUGGAGCUCUCUGAUGUUUGUUUUUCCACAGUGAACUGGGCAGGAGGGGAAAUUGGCAGGAACUAGCGCUGCCUCGCUCCGGAUGGACCUAGGCAGACUGGGGCAAAACCACAUAAAUGCCUGGAAUGUGGAAUGAGCAUCAAUACAAAUUCCUGUCUCACUGCCCAUCAAAAAAUUCACACUGAUAAGAAGUCAUAUGAAAGGAAGGGCCUUAGCUGGAAAAGUAAACUUGCUUCCCAUCAAAGAAUUCACAUUCGGGAGUGACCAUAUAAAGGCUUAUCAUGUGGAAAGAGCUUCAGCUAUAAGGAAAAUCUUGCUGUCCAUCAAAAAUUCACACUGGGGAUAUCAGCACUAUAACACUGCUUGGAAUUUGGAGAAAGCUUCAACUACAAGCACAAGUGGGUGGAGCAGCUGCUUUGCAUGCAGAAGGUUGCAGGUUCAAUCGCCAGUGGCAUCUCCAGGUAGCUCUCGGAGAGACUCCUUGUCUGAAACCGUGGAGAGCUGCUGCCAGCCAGUGCAGACAGCAGUGACCUAGAUGGACCCCAGUGCUCUGACUCGGUAUAGGACAGGAGCUCCCCAUCUUCCUGUUCUCUGCAAGGCCUCUUUCCUCCUUGGCUCCCGCUUUGAGCGAUCAUUAGUCUGCCUGAUUUCAUAAGGGUUAAAAUAAAGGAAACCAGAUUGCUAGGGAGGAAGGAUAGAGGAAGUGGUUGGAGGGGAAUCCAUGCUCUUCAAAGGCAAUGCGGUUCCUCUCCCUCGGAAGUCACUUCCGGCCUGGCUCUUUCCUUGGAGAAAAGCAGCACUGCCCCCCUGUCUCUCCCCCAAGGGCUGCUGCAUCGGUGGCCCCUUCUGGGGUCCGGUAAGCCUCCCCUCCCCCGUUGGGCAUUUGGGCGAAGGGGAGUCCCAGAGCUGCGGGGGAGGAUGCAGAGGAGGAAGUGUAAGAAAGGGGAGGAGGAAAUUAGGAGACUCCUUAUGAUUGCAGCCCCUGUCGGUGAAGGCAGAGAAAAGUCUGGAGCCAUAGCAAGGGAGAACUUCACCCUGUAAGGAGGUGGCCCAUGUUGAGCUGACCCUGUCAGGAUCCCCCAUCACAACAUCCACCAUCAGGGAGCAGAGCUUCCUUCCCCCUCCUCUUGAAAAUGAAUUGUACUUAAUGAGAUAUGCAAAUAAUGGUGGUAGACUGCAGCUGGGUGGAGAGGUGGGGUGUUUUUAUCUGGCUGAGGAAUCUGCUUAACAACCGAUGGGCGAAGAAAAAAAUAGGCAAGGCCUUGGUCCCCUGAGUGAAAUCUUGGGGGCAGGGAUCAUAUUGCAAAUGAAUGCUGUUUGAUGGGAGUAGUUUUGGGUGGGAAGUGGAGCUUUCCUAUACAGAAUCAGUGUGCCAGACCUCAGUGUGUUGAAUGACCAGAACUUGAUUCCUAGAGAGGAAGGGAAUUUGGAGGGGCUCUGUGUACCCCAAAGCCCCUUCCUGCCAGGAUCUUAACUUGAGUGAAAGAAAGUGCUGUUUGCCCCAAGCGUGGCAUCGGUGCCCCCCUCUGAAAUCUCAUGAAUCCCCUUCCCCUUUGUGCAUUUGGCUGAAGGGUUUUCCCAGGGCUGCAGGGGAGGGCUCAUAGGAGACCUGUUCAGCUGAUCCAUCCAAAUCAGGGAGGGGACCCUUUUCCUUUCCUCUCUUGGCAAGGCCAAGACACCCCACAGUGAGUGAGGAGAGUGAAAGCAGAUCUUGAAUGCCCCCGUUACUUACACACUAACUGGUGUUAUCACUUGUCAUGAGCCAGGCUGGCAGAGGGCGGAUAGAGGAGGGCGAAACAUGAUGAGGAACCCGGAGAGGGAGCAAGCAGAGGGGUGGACUCACAGGGCGACUCAACCCCUGUCUUUGACAGCUCAGCCCCAGACUCCCCUAUUGAAGCACCGCCUGGCCCAACUGAACAUGCCCAUGGUGCCCACACCAGACACUCAGCAUUGCACUUCAGAUGUUUCCCAGCUGAGUGCUGCCCAGCUUCCCACAGCCGAACGGACAUCUAGCAGCCCCCUUCAGUCGGAGAGGGAAGCUGAGAUUAAACCACCUUCACCCUGCGCUGGGAGGCGCUUCAGGUGGAAAGUUCAACAGUUAGAACUGAGGCAGAGCCUUUGUUUGCACGUUGAAUCCAGGCCUACUUAAACUGACUUGGGGGGGACCCGGAUGCCGAGUCAAUGUCUUGGAGUCGUGAAGCUGUGCUUAUUUAGCGCUAGAGCAGAGGAAAGUUCUUAGAAAGAGCAGUUAGUUUAAUGAGGUGCACAGCUUCUGUCUAUAGCUUUAAUAACAAGAGAAAGCACCAGAGCCGUGUCUGUCUCUGACACCUUCGAUUUCAGGCAUGACAUCACUCCUACCUCCUUCCUACCCUCCCCCUGAUCUCUGCAAGGGCAAGACACCACUUUAAGUGAGGAGGGAUUGAAAGUAGGUCUCUGAACGCCCCCAUUACUCACGCACUGACUGGUGUCAUCACUCUUCCUGGCUGACACACGUGGGCCCAUCCAGGCUGGCAACUCCUGGGAUGCAGAAGGGAUCUUUCAACAUUGAAUGGAAAGCGCUACUCGAAAAGUGGCAACCUUUGAAUCAAAGGAAUCAACUUCAGCAGAACCCAACUGAAAAUAACUGUUGUAUUAAAAGGGUAAAUAGGUGGAGACCGCAAUCCAAAUGUUAAUGUAACAUAUUGC